GUGUUUGGAUGUCUCAAAAUUCAAAGCACUCCAUGAUAAAGUGUGGAGGGACAAAGAAACAGAGCGCAACACACUCUCCUUCGUUCCUUCCUUCCACUGUUCAACUGUUCAACUGUUCAACUUUUGCAAUCGGGAAUGAACCCUGGGCUCCUUGCAGGUGCGACCUUGCUUGCACUCUUAGCCAUCACCUUCUCCUUCUUCAACCCUCUAGCCCUGUUUUCUCCGCCCCAUCUUCCGGGAUCCAAGGAUCACCUCCACGCAGCGCGGAUACUCCAUGUCGCCGGCGCCGUCGGCCCUGAAAGUCUUGUUUUUGACGCUCACGGCGGAGGGCCCUACACCGGUGUCGCCGACGGCCGGAUUUUGAAGUGGGAAGGCGAGCAGCAGGGGUGGACUGAAUUUGCUUUCACCAGUUCCAAUAGGUCGAAUUGUGUUCGUCCAUUUGCACCAGAGUUGGAGCAUGUUUGUGGGAGACCUUUAGGACUAAAGUUUGAUAAGAAAACUGGAGAUCUGUACAUUGCUGAUGCCUACCUAGGCCUAAAAGUAGUGGGAUCUGCAGGGGGUUUGGCGACGGAAGUGGUAACAGAAGUUGAAGGCCAGCCCUUGCAGUUCACCAAUGACAUGGACAUCAGUGAAGAUGAAGAUGUGAUUUACUUCACUGACUCAAGCUCAAUCUUCCAGAGAAGGCAAUUUAUGCUUGUACUCCUUAGUGGAGACAGGAGCGGUAGGUUAAUGAAAUAUGACAAGUCAACAAAGGAAGUGAAAGUUUUAUUACGUGACAUUGCUUUUGCUAAUGGUGUUGCUUUAAGCAAAGAUGGAUCUUUUGUUCUGGUAGCUGAAACCACUAGUUGCAAGAUCUUGCAACUAUGGCUUCGUGGACCAAAGGCUGGUGAAGUGGAUACUUUUGCCGAACUAGCUGGUUUUCCAGACAAUAUCAGAAGAAAUUCAGAAGGGCAUUUUUGGGUAGCUCUGCAUGCAAAGGGAAGCCCUUUUGCGAAAUGGGUUUCCUCCAAUCCAUGGGCGGGAAAGUUGAUGCUAAAGAUUGGCUUUAACUUCAAACAAUUGCACACAUCAGUUGCAGGGUGGAAGGCUCAUGCUGCUGCUGUAAAGUUAAGUGACAGAGGAGAGAUACUAGAAGUCUUGGAAGAUUCUGAAGGAAAGACAUUAAAGUUCAUGAGUGAAGUGGAAGAGAAAGAUGGUAAGCUUUGGAUUGCAUCUGUGUUGAUGCCUUUCAUUGGCAUUUAUAGUUUGUGAGACUGCGUCAUGGAUAAUAUGAUCAUCUUUCAGAUCAUCUUCUCCUAAUAAGAUUAUGUACAAUUCAGAAUUACUUUUAGUGGUUUUUUUUUCUUUUACUUUUGUUCAUUAUAAUAAAACACUGCCUUCUACUUCAUGAACAAAUGCACAAAUGUACGUGUUAUCUUUUAA